CGGACCGUUUAAGUUGUUGCACUCAGUGAGUCAACAUGGCGUCGGGGUACAUACUAAAUCGUGGUGCGCUAACAUUAGGGAUUCACUGCCAGCGUGUUUGCAGGAAUAUCACGGUCACACAGGUUAGAGAGAAAAAGCGAUGGAUGAGAGCGUACACAUUCCUCAUGGCAAAGAAGUUAAAGCUUGAAGGACCUCCGCCACCGAAGCCACGCUCUCUACAUCCUAACUGGGAUUACCAUGCAGAAGUUCAGGCUUUCAGCACCCGCCUUCACGAGAACUUCUCCCUGCAGCUACUGAAAGCAGCCUUUGUUAACCCCUGUUACCUGCAGGCGGAGCAAGAGAGGAGGAAGGCUUUGGGCGUGGACUCUGAGCUCACUGCUCUUGUUUUGGAAGAUAAUAUUCAGCUGAGUGCAAAGGGAGCAGAUUUCACCAAAAGCUUCCUGACUGAUUGGUGCAGGGCCAGCUUCCCAAGCCUGCCAAGUGAGGGGGUGCAGAGUAUCGUAGGGCACCUCACUAGUUCGGCAGUUGUGACCAAUGUGGCGAGAAACCUUGGCAUUGAAGAUCUUACCAUGAGUGCAGCAUUCCCUGUCCCUGAUGAUGUGCUUCAUUCUACAUUCAUGGCAGUGAUCGGAGCUCUACAGGAGAGCAGUGGAGCAGAGCGAACAGGAUUUUUCCUCAGGGACUUCCUGGUCUCUCAGCUGAUAGGAAAGGACUUGUUUGAUAUGUGGACAGUGGUUAAUCCCAUGGGGCUACUAAUGGAGGAGCUUUCUAAGAGGAAAAUAGUUCUUCCGGAGCCCCGCCUCAUCAGAUCUGCUGGGGCCAGCACCGUCCUCCCCCUCUACUUUGUUGGCUUGUACAGCGAUAAGAAGCUCCUCGCUCAGGGUCCAGGAGAGACACUUCUUGCAGCAGAGGAAGAGGCAGCUCGCGUGGCCCUGCGGAAACUUUACGGCUUUUCUGAGAACCAUCGACCCUUUGACUUCUCUCCACAGCAGCAGCAUGAGCAGCCAUUAAUUCAAUCAGUAAGCAGCAAUUAACGAGUUGCUGCAAAGAAAGUGAAGGUCACCAUCUACCUUGUUAAAUAUUAGUCCAGAAAUGUACUUGUUUGGAUCCAUUCUGUUGCCCUAAAUAUUUAAAUGUCAGUUUGACUAGACAAAGGACUGCAAAAUCAGCCAUAUUGUCCAAACAAUAAGCAAUUAAAUAAAGCAAUCCAGGCAUUCUUCAUUAAUUUGAUAAUGUGUUCAAAAGUCAACUUGUCCUGGGCACGCUGGCUAAUUACCGACAGUUUCAGCAGCCCAUUAUAUCUUGUCGUCCUUGUAAAUAAUACAGUUGCCAUUUGGUUUACUUGGUAUUCUGUUAUAUUAUGUUGCUCAUCUGUAAUAAAAUAUUCAUAAGUACGUGAACAUCA